CUCUCCCCAAAGGGAGAGAGGGUCAGGAAAGAUGGCGGCAGCCACUGGAGGAGAUCUAGAAGCAAUGGAAGAAUCAGAGAACGGCACAGCAGUGGAGCCUCAAGUCAAGUACAGAGGCUGGAAAGCAAUGCCUUAUGUCAUAGGGAACGAGACAUUCGAGAAGCUUGGGAGCAUCGGGAUAGCGUCGAAUCUGCUGGUCUAUCUCACCACCAUAUUCCACCUGAAGAGCGUCACCGCGGCUACCACCCUCAACGUGUUCAACGGGACUACAAACUUGGCCACCGUUAUUGGGGCCUUCAUUGCAGAUUCAAACUUGGGCCGCUACACCACCUUGGGAUUUGCGUGUAUUGCUUCCUUGAUGGGCAUGCUCGUCGUCACCCUCACAGCUGCAAUCUCUGAAUUGCAUCCUGCCCCUUGCACCCAAGGCGAACCAUGCACGGGCCCAACAACAUUGCAGUUGGCCAUCCUGCUCGUCGGCUUCGCCUUCCUUGUGAUCGGUGCGGGAGGCAUUCGGCCGUGCAACUUGUCCUUCGGCGCAGACCAGUUUGAUCCCAAUACAGGGGCGGGCAAGAAGGGCAUCAACAGCUUCUUCAACUGGUACUACUUCACCUUCACCCUAGCCGUGGCAGUCUCCUCCACCAUCAUCAUCUACAUCCAGAGCGAAGUCAGCUGGGCCUGGGGCUUUGCCAUCCCCACCGUCCUCAUGUUCUUGGCUUGCGCCUUCUUCUACUCGGGGUCAAAGAUCUACGUGAAGGUGAAGCCGGAGGGGAGUCCCUUUACCAGCAUUGCCCAAGUCUUGGUGGUGGCAUUUAGAAAGCGAGGGCUGAAGCUGCCCGCGGAACCAGAGAAGUCUCUCUUCAACCCUCCCCAUGCCAGCUCUCUCGUCUCCAAGCUUCCGUACACUAACCAGUUCAACUUUCUUGACAAGGCUUCGAUUGUAAGUCACACAGAUGAAGUGGGACCAAAUGGCUUUGCUUCAAAUCCUUGGAGAUUAUGUAGCAUACAACAAGUUGAAGAGGUGAAAUGCGUACUGAGAGUAAUUCCCAUAUGGUCUACGGCGAUCAUUUACUACGUAGCAUUUUCCCAACAAAGUACGUACAUAAUCCUUCAAGCCCUCCAAUCUGAUAGGCACCUUUGGAGGGGUGGCUUUGAAAUACCUGCUGCUUCUUUCACAAUCUUUCCCAUGCUCGCCCUCGCAAUUUGGAUACCUCUUUAUGAUCGUGUCAUAGUCUCAAAGCUCGAAAAGUUUACUGGAAAAGAAGGAGGAAUCACAUUGCUUCAGAGGAUGGGAAUUGGAAUCAUUUUCUCCGUUGUUGCGAUGAUCAUCUCUGCAGUGAUUGAAGAUCAGAGAAGGAAGUAUGCGCUUCGCCUGCCGACCGUCGGGAUCAUGGCUGGCGGCGGCGGCGGUGCCGCCGUUUCAUCCAUGUCCAGCCUCUGGUUGAUUGCUCCUCUCAUGCUUUUGGGCCUCUCGGAGGCUUUUAACAUGGUCAGCCAACUUGAAUUCUACUACAAACAAUUUCCUGAAAACAUGAGAAGUGUUGCCGGGUCUCUACUCUUCUGUGGAAUCGCAAUCGCUAGUUAUUUGAGUGGUUUGCUGGUAACAAUUGUUCAUAACACAACUGGAGCAUACGGCAAAGAGAAUUGGCUGGCUGAAGACCUUAACAAGGGAAGAUUGGACCUCUUUUAUAUCUUGAUUGCUGUGAUUGGUGUUAUCAACUUCUUUCUUUUCUUAGCCUUCGCCAAGUGGUACAGAUACAAGGGCUUGGAUGAUGGCUCAGACUCCGACUUGGAAAGAGAACAAGUACUUCAAUGCUAGAGUCAGAUAUCCAUGGGUAAGCUAUGUAUCGAAUGCUAAUGCCAUUUGUUACUACAAGUAUCAUCUAUAUAUGUGAUAAUUUCUUGUACACUGCCCGUUUUUCUUUCCUUGGUGAAAGGUAAAGCGUUCGAGUCCUAUUUCAUUUAUCAA